ACGGCUGAAGUGUUAUGGCCGUUCAUGAACUUCGGUCUAUACGGAUCAUUUCCAUCUAGAAUAUCAAUCAUCGAGAACUGUUAAGUAUCGUCAAUAGAACGUACUGUAUUUCAGGAAGAGAAGUGAAAGAUUAUCUCUGUUAAAAAUGAGGUUUAUAUUGAAUUUGACAUCGAGCUCAUUGAAACGUCUGGCCUGUUUGAAACCCAGCCUAUUAGAUUCCGUUGCGCAGUCGAGAAAAAUGGCGUCUGAGGUAGAGAAGGCACAGAGUGCUCUCCCGGGUGGUGAUACAAUAUUUGGAAAAAUCUUACGGAAGGAGAUACCCUGCAAGUUCAUUUAUGAGGAUAGCCAGUGUGUGGCAUUUCAUGAUAUCAAUGCACAAGCUCCAGUUCACUUCCUGGUGAUUCCCCGGAAGCCGAUCGUACAAUUGUCCAAGGUUGAGGACGAGGAUGAGACACUUCUUGGACAUUUGAUGAACGUCGCGCGAAAGGUUGCAAAGCAAGAGGGACUUGAGAACGGAUUUCGUUUAGUUGUAAAUGACGGGAAGCACGGUGCUCAAUCCGUUUUUCAUUUGCACCUGCAUGUCCUUGGUGGUCGACAGUUGCAGUGGCCUCCUGGUUAAUAAAAUGAAUUAAAGUUUAUUUACUGUCAUCGAACUUGGGGCGCAAUAUUGUAACUAUUUCUUUCUUCAAGCUUUAAUAAAAUAUAAGAAUUGAAAUAGAGUAA